AUGUCGGACAGAGAAAGACUAAUUAACGAAGACGACCAAGAAAGAAUCAGAGAAAGCCCGGAAUUAGAAGAUGAGUUGGAGACAGAAUCGCAGACACGGACUUUUACGGACACGGGAAUGGAGACAGAAACAAGGCUGGAGAGAACUUUGGGCUUGUUUGAUGCAGUAGGAAUCGGUGUGGGAAUCAUGCUCGGUUCUGGAAUCUUCGUUAGUCCGGGCGGUGUCAUGGCCAAUGCUGGCAGUUUCGGCUCCUCGAUCAUCAUUUGGGUUUUAUGCGGCGUGUUUUCGUUGCUCGGUGGCUUGUGCUACGCGGAGCUGGGGACUUUGAUUCCGGAAUCGGGUGGUGACUACACUUACUGCAACAGAAUAUUUCCGGAUAUUAUCGGCUUUCUUCGACUGUGGGUUGAAGUUAUCAUUAUUCGACCUGGCUGUCAUGCUGCAGUGGCUGUCACAUUCGCUGUUCAUAUCUUACAACCCUUCUUUCCUGGACAGAGCGUUCCAAGUACACCGAAAAAGCUCAUCGCAGCCGCUUGCAUCACUUUAUUUUCCUGGUUGAACAUGUAUUCUAUCAGAGGAUCAACAAUGGUCAAUUCCUACACAGCUUUUGCAAAGACGAUAAGUUUAAUUCUCAUCAUCGGCGUUGGAAUCAUGAAGGCAGCACAAGGGGAAAUUUACAAUUUCAUGCCCGAGGAGUUUUGGAAGGACUCAACAACGGAUUUUCCAAAGCUCUGUCUGGCGUGUUACAGUGGUCUGUGGUCAUUUGCUGGUUGGACGGAUAUUGUUCUUGUGACGGAAGAAAUUCAAAACCCAGGAAAAAAUGUUCCGCUAUCAAUUAUCAUCAGCUGCACUCUGAUUAUUGGGCUGUAUUGCUUGGUUAACUUAGCCUACUUCACCGUCCUGACGAGAACAGAAGCAUCAGCUAUUGCAACAGCUCAAGUUUUCAUCGAAAAAGCUCUGCCUACUUUACCCGGGCAUCAGUACAUCAUCCCCGUUCUCGUCUCUCUCGCCUGCUUCGGCGGCGUCAAUGGAUCAUUGUUCGCUUCCGGAAGAUACUACUUCGUCGCUGGCCGUAAUAAUCACAUGCCACCGAUUCUGUCGAUGGUUCAAAUCCAUCGAAACACACCUUCAGUGGCUUGUUUUCUGAAUGGUCUUCUUUCGACCGCGAUGUUGUUCAAUGAUGAUAUUUACUCGUUGAUCAACUACACUAAUUUUAUUUAUUUUGUCUGCAUUAUUCUUGCGAUAAGCGGGCUUGCCUAUUUAAAAAUCACCGGCCAAGCGACCGGAUCGACCGUCAAAGUUCCUCUGCCAAUCCUCAUCCUGACAUUGAUCAUGUUCUCCGGCGUUGUUUUGGGAGCGAUGGUCCUUACGCCUUACGAAACCCUUGGUGGGUGCAUCCUGACUCUUACCGGACUCCCGGUGUAUUUCAUUUUUGUCCGACCGCGAGGCAAACUUCUUGAGUGGAGGGAGAAGAUUGAGCCGCAAUAUGAAAAGUUCUCGAGAUUCGUGCAGAAGCUCAUGGUCGUAGUACCUGAAACUAAAGAAGAAUGA